AUGGCUGAAGCGGUGGCUGUUGUAUCCGCAAUCCAAGCUACUACUCAACUCGUAGAGCAAGUCUUCCGAAUCUUCAAACGCCUCCGCGAUGCGAACGCUCGUCAGAAAGGUCUUCCUGAGGUCCUGGCUCGACACUAUAGCGAACUCAAAAGUAUCAAGGCAAUCAUGGGUAUGAUCUACGAUGAGCAGGACCUGAAGACACCCACUGUUGCUGCGGAGCUGGUUCGACUACAAGACGUGUCGGAGAGGCUGGCUGCCUUGAUCAAGACUUUGGUUCCGUCAACCACAAGUAAGAUGAUCCAGUUUGCGCGCCAGCUGGUGGACGGCUCAGCAGACGAGAAGAAGCUGAGCGCCAUCAUGGGCGAGCUUGUCCAAGUGAAGGCUGUGCUCGUGCUGUCCAUUCAAGUCGCCCACGUAGGAGUAGUCCGCACCAUGGGGAAACAAGCUGUAGCAAAUGCGGAAGCUAUACAGCGGAUCGACGAGUCCUUCCGGGAGCUUGUCCAGGAUUGCAAGGGCCUGAAAAUUGCACAACUGCUCAAGGGCCGACGUCCAUCAAAUGACGGCUUUGUCCCAUUGACUCUGGCUGAUCUCAAGGCUCUCGACAAGGCGGGUCAUGGUGAUGGCGAAGAUAGCGAAGACGAGACGCUCGUUGAUGACUCAGAAGCAUCGCCACGAGAAGUUCCCGUCAAGACCGAACGCAUCGUAAUCAACAAUGCAUCUCGUGGUUACGCUGUUCAGGUCAAUGCUCCGCUGGAUACAGAUAUAUACAAGCAUUUGAGCAGUCUGAGAAUCCAGGACAACGUGGCCGAGGAGCAGAGUGUGCAGAUCAACUAUGGCACGACGACCAAGUCGUUGUCGAUACUUCUCGAGCUCGCGCGACUAAGGCAGGUAAGCGCGCCCGUAAUCGCGCGGUGA